AAAUAAGUUUAAAAUUAAGCCAUAGGUUAAGUCAUUCUAUAGGAAAUACUAAUUAACUGUACACAUGUUGAGUUUGUUACAGUUUAUUCUCUAGACCAGAGUGAUGUGACAUAAAUAGACCUGUGAUGGUCGAUCAAACAGUGUGAAGACUGCCUUCAGUGAUGUGGGCAUGGUGCUCCAAGCUUACAGAGAACAGGCUCAGAGGUCAGCUCAGUGCAUUAGGAUGACAGGCAUGGCUUCCUGAGCUGAGGGGAACUGAUGGCAUCAUGUGGUUGUGGGAUAGGUUGCUAAGGAAUGACCAACAGCCAAGUGUCCUGGAGUGGGGUUACCAGGCCAUGUCGGCCUAUUGUAGGGAUAGAGUGUAAUUUUGACGCUGAAGAGAGGCUGUGAGUGGAUUUAAUCAGUGAUAGGCUGAGGAAUAGGCUCAGUUUCAGAGGAUGCUGAAGGGCAGGCAAAAAGAUGACAGUAUGACUUUGGCAUGAAGUACUUGUGUGGUUCAUUCAGAUAGUUUUUUGUUUGUUUUUAUUUUUAGGGGAGUAGUAUAGAGGCAAGUUGGGAAUGUUUAAGGAGAGUGGGGAGUCAGUGUUGACCUCCUUUUUGGUUUUCUUCACAUGUUUAGUUUGGAUAACCAUUUGGCAUUUAGAGCAAUUAAUUGAUAAAGAGUAUACAGAAAGAGGAAAUAACUUAUUUUGAGAGUUAUUUUGAGCUUACUUUGAGAGUUCUUGAACUCUCUGAAUUUGAAGGACUGGGGACGUUUUGGUUAAGAUGUAGUAGCAAUUAACAUGGAAGUUCCAGAAAUUGAGUGUUGUGGCCCAUCCUGGAGAGAUUUGGAAUCUUCAGCAUUUGGAAAUUUAAAAUCCAGCGUUUCCUAAAAUAGUACCACCUGAGCUAAUUUAAAUGGUGCAUAGAUGAACAUCUGAAAGGAUUCAAUAGUAAUUUAAUGUGAAAAACGUGUAUACCAAACCUGUGGUAUCAUGGACAUUAUCGUUUAGGCUAAGUAAACUGCAUGAAAAGGAAAUAUUAAGUAAAAAUUCCUACAGUAAAUGGAAAUGGCAAAAACCAUGGUGAAGCUGUGCAAAAUGAUGAAAAGUUCAGAAAGUGUUGUUUCGAGCCAUGAGUGUGGUGGGUAAGGUCACUCAGAGAGUAAGAGUGAAAAGAGAAGAGAGUUGACAUAUGGGUGGUGGGGAAUGCAGAAGAGGAACCCAUGAAGGAGACUGAGGAAGAGCAGCCAGCCGAAUAGGAGGAGAUCCAGAAGAUGGUCUGUGGAGUUCAUAAGAAGAGUUCUCAGGAGGAGGAAGUGGUCCACAGUGUCAAGAAGGUGCAGCAUGGAUGACUCUGCUGAGGAAAGCCUCAGCUUUGAAGACGAUGUCUUACUGCAGGAUGACCCUUUUGAGGACAGCUGUAUCUGUGUUCCUGAUGUAACCAGUGAGGACUAUGUCCGAGUGACCCAGCUUUACUACGAUGGCGUGGGUAUGCAAUAUAAAGAUUAUGCCCAAAGUGAGAAAAAUUUAGAAUAUGACAUCUGCAAUAUAUGGUGCAGCAAGCCACUGUCUAUCUUACAAGAUUACUGUGAUACUAUUAAGCUGUACAUCUUCUGGCCACUUCUUUUUCAACAUCAGCACAGUUCUGUAAUAUCGAGAUUGCAUCCCUGUGUAGAAGCCAUCCGUUCUCGUGCUGCUGAGAUAAGUUUGAAGAAAUUACAGCAUCUUGAGUUGAUGGAAGACAUUGUGGAUUUGGCAAAGAAAGUUGCAAAUGAUUCAUUCCUUAUUGAAGGCUUAUUGAGAAUUGGCUAUAAAAUAGAAAAUAAAAUCUUGGCAAUGGAAGAAGCUUUAAAUUGGAUAAAAUACACGGGUGAUGUAACGAUUCUACCGAAAUUAGGAUCAGUUGACAGUUGCUGGCCCAUGUUAAGUAUUUUCUUUACUGAAUAUAAGUAUCAUAUUACUAAGGUUGUAACUGAAAACUGCAACUUACUUGAAGAAUUUAGAAGGCACAGUUGUAUGCAGUGUGUGAAGCAAGGAGAACUGAUGAAAAUGAGAGGAAACGACGAGUUUUCCAAACAAAAAUUUGAAUUAGCUGUCAUUUAUUACACCAGAGCCAUUGAAUAUAGACCUGAAAACCAUCUUCUUUAUGGUAACCGAGCUCUCUGUUUUCUUCGUAUGGGACAGUUUCGAAAUGCACUUAGUGAUGGAAAGAGGGCCAUUGUUUUGAAGAACACCUGGCCAAAGGGUCAUUAUCGUUAUUGUGAUGCUCUUUCUAUGCUGGGGGAAUAUGACUGGGCCCUGCAAGCAAACAUAAAAGCUCAAAAACUCUGUAAAAAUGACCCUGAGGGAAUCAAGGAUCUAAUUCAGCAGCAUGUAAAGUUACAAAAACAAAUAGAAGACCUCCAAGGUCGGACAUCAAAUAAGAAUCCAAUUAAAGCUUUCUAUGAAAGCAGGGCUUACAUACCUAGAAACUCAUCAGCUCCUGCCUUUAGAACAUCACUUAACUUUGUGGAAACAGAAAGAGGUUACAGGAAAACUAAGUACAGAAUGGCAAAUGGUGGCCAUCAGAAUCUAAAGGUGGCAGAUGAGGCUUUGAAGGGAGACGAUUGUGACUGUCAUCCUGAAUUUCUGCCACCUCCAAGUCAGCCUCCAAAACAUAAAGGAAAACAAAAAUCACGAAGCAAUGAAUCAGAAAAGCCCAGUUCUAAUGCACAAGCGACUUUACCAGUAGAUUUGAAAAGCAUUUUGGAGAAACAGUUUUCAAAAUCUUCCAGAGCUAUACACCAGGAUUUUGCUAACAUCAUGAAAAUGUUAAGAAGCCUAAUUCAGGAUGGCUAUACGGCCUUGUUAGAGCAGCGUUGCCGCAGUGCCGCACAGGCCUUCACAGAGUUGCUGAACGGCUUAGAUCCUCAGAAAAUAAAGCAAUUGAACCUGGCCAUGAUUAACUAUGUGUUAGUGGUCUAUGGACUUGCCGUUUCUCUCCUUGGAAUAGGACGACCUGAGGAGCUGUCUGAAGCUGAAAACCAGUUCAAGAGGAUCAUUGAAUACUAUCCCAACGAGGGGCUUGACUGCUUGGCCUACUGUGGAAUAGGGAAAGUGUAUUUGAAGAAAAACAGAUUUCUCGAAGCUCUCAAUCACUUUGAAAAAGCAAAGACUUUGAUUUAUCGUCUCCCUGGAAUUCUAACUUGGCCCACAAGUAAUGUCAUUAUUGAAGAAUCUAAGCCAGAAAAAAUCCAGGUGAUGUUAGAGAAGUUUGUUGAAGAAUGCAAGUUUCCCCCAGUGCCAGAUGCUGUUUGUUGCUAUCCGAAGUGCCGUGGAUAUUCCAAAAUUCAGAUAUACCUAACUGAUCCAGAUUUUAAGGGUUUUAUACGAAUUAGCUGUUGCCAAUACUGUAAAGUAGAAUUUCACAUCAACUGCUGGAAAAAGUUAAAAGCAACAACUUUUAAUGAUAAAAUUGACAAGGAUUUUCUACAAGGACUUUGUCUCACCCCUGACUGUGAGGGAAUCAUUUCUAAGAUUAUCAUCUUCAGCAGUGGUGGACAAGUUAAGUGUGAAUUCGAACACAAGGUCAUAAAGGAAAAGGCUCCUUCAAGACCUGUUCUGAAGCAGAAAUGUUCCAGCCUAGAGAAAUUAAGACUGAAAGAAGAAAAAAAAUUGAAGAGAAAGAUCCAGAAACAAGAAGCAAAAAAAUUAGCACAAGAAAGAAUGCAAGAGGACUUAAAAGAAAGUAAUUUACCCAAAAUUGAAGAGCCAGAAGAAACUGUAGACACUGCUCAGAGCUGUCAGUUUCUUGAUGACAGAAUCCUGCAGUGCAUAAAGCAGAACGCCGACAGGAUUAAAGCUGGAGUAUUGAACACUUCUCCGCUUCUCAAAGAGCUGCUCUCCUGGAAGGUCCUGAGCACAGAAGACUACACAGCGUGUUUCUCCAGCAAGAAUUUCCUCCGUGAAGCUGUGGACUAUGUUAUCCAGCACUUGGUCCAAGAAAAGAGCAGAGUGCAGACACGAAUAUUUCUGCAUGUUUUGAGUGAACUUAAAGAGGUAGAUCCCAAGUUGGCUCCCUGGAUCCAGAGACUUAACAGUUUUGGCUUAGAUGCCACGGGACCGUUUUUUACUCGAUACGGAGCAUCUCUCAAGGAGCUUGAUUUUAGCGUCUUGACUAUCCUCUGGAAUGAGAAAUACGGUCAUAAGCUGGGUUCUAUAGAAGGAAAGCCUCUUGAUUUCUUCUGCGAACCGGCAUCAGCAACUGAAGCACGCUGUCUGAUCUGGCUGCUGGAAACGCACAGGGACAGGUUCCCAGCCCUGCACAGUGCCCUGGAUGACUUCUUUGAUGUAAUGGAUAGCCGAUGCACCAUAUUAAGGAAACAGGACAGUGAUGAAAUGCCGUUUGGUUGUAUCAAGGUAAAAAACAAAGGCAAGAAAAAGAAGCCAAAAGAUUCAAAGCCAAUGCUAGUGGGGUCUGGAGCAGCAUCAGUAGCAGCAAGUCCUGACACCGCCACUCCAGAAGAUCAGAACAGGCGCAAUUCAGAUUCUGCAGGCCCAUUUGCAGUGCCUGACCACCUUCGGCAAGAUGUGGAAGAAUUUGAAGCUCUCUAUGACCAGCACAACAGCGAGUAUGUCGUCCGCAAUAAGAAGCUGUGGGACAUUAACCCCAAACAGAAGUGUUCGACUCUGUAUGAUUACUUCUCUCAGUUGCUGGAAGAGCACGGCCCCUUGGAUAUGAGUGACAGAAUGUUCUCUGAGGAGUAUGAGUUCUUCCCUGAAGAAACUCGACAGAUACUAGAGAAGGCGGGAGGGCUGAAGUCUUUCCUCCUGGGGUGUCCUCGGUUUGUGGUGAUUGACAACUGCAUUGCAUUGAAAAAAGUUGCCUCACGACUCAAGAAAAAAAGGAGGAAGAAAAACAUGAAAACUAAAGUUGAAGAAAUGUCAAAAACAGGAGAAUAUUUACGCAUUAACCUACCACUAAAUCCAAGCGCUAGAGAAUUUAAGCCAGAUGUGAAGUCUGCAGCAGUGCCUGAGGACAUUCAGUCCGCAGCAGGACCCGCUGAGGAGUCUCCACAGCCAGCUGUGAAGCCGCAGCUGGACUCUGAUAGCUCCUCUGGGUCUGCUUCCGAGGACAGCAGGCUGGAAGUGGCGUCUCCUGACUCUGCCACACCCCUCUAUGAGGACGCGCCUCCUGGGCCAGCUGCUUCUUCCCCCACACCAGCUGCUGAAGAUGCCAAACCAGCCUACUGGACUCAGUCACGCGUGCUCACAGGGUUCUGCACAUACCUCCCUCUUCAAGGAUUUGACAUCACCCCGUCGCGGCCGGCAUACAUUAACAUGGUUCCCAACCUGUCCCAGUUCGCUGGCAUUUACACACCCCUGGCCAGCAUUUCUGCUGAGUACCCCGUGCAGAGGUCCAUGCCAGUGAUGCCAUCUUUUGCCUCGGGCGACAGGGCAGAUAACAGUGCCACUGCAUAUUUUGAAAGUCGCAAUCUGAAUACUGAGAAUGACUCUGGUGAGCAGACUGCCUCUGACACACAGAUGCCUGAGAGUUCUUUGGGAAUGUGUGCUAAGCCCCAGGACAGGCCAGCUGGUGCUGACAGCGCUCUGAGUGAGCCCGAAAGGAACAGCAGCAGUGGUAGGGGCUUUGACACCGCGCGGGAAGCCUCUCCAGCAGGUGUCAGUGGAGUAGCACGCGCUCCUCACACACUAGCUGUGGGCACACAGGCAUCUAGGAGCGUGAUUCAUCGGGAAGUUAAUACUGAGCCAUAUGAACCUUUUGAAACACAACAGGGAGCCCUUUCCCGGGUUGAAAAGGAGUGUUGCCUGUUAAAAGAGCGGCUGAAGGCGGCGUGUGCAAGCUGUGAGCAGACUGAGCGCAGGAGUGCAGAGGAGCCCCGGGACCUGGAAGAGAAGCUGAGGAGGCAUGGGGAAGAAAGCAAGAUCUCAAAGACAGAAUUAGACUGGUUUCUUCAAGAUUUGGACAGAGAAAUUAAAAAGUGGCAACAAGAGAAAAAGGAAAUCCAAGAAAGAUUAAAAGCCCUGAAGAAAAAAAUUAAAAAGAUUGUAAAUACCAGUGAAAUGUAUGCCCAGAAAAAUGAUGGAUUAGAUAAGGAAUGUGAAUCACAUCUGGACCAGUCCCUUGGAAUCAGUAGUGCACUCACAAAUGAGAAGAUGAAAGUAGAAGAGUGUAUCAAAAAAGGGAAAGAGCGUUACGAAGAGAGUCGUCAGAGAGCUGUGGCUGCAGAGGUAUCUGUGCUUGAAAACUGGAAGGAACGAGAAGUAUGUAAAUUACAGGGUAUGGCAUCACAAGCAGAAGCCUAUCUCAAAAACCUCAAGCUGAUGAGCAGUGAUUCUGCAGCAUCUCCUGAGAUGGAGUGUGAUACACAUUCAUGGGAAUCAUUUCUUUCUAAUGUAAGAGAAGAAAUGGAGAACACAAAGUCUCAGUUUGAAGACCAAAUUAAGGCCAUUAAAAAUGGUUCUCGACUCAGUGAACUUUCCAAAGUGCAGAUUUCUGAGCUUUCAUUUCCUGCUUGUAUGAUGAUCCGCCCUCAGUUCUCCUCUGAGUCCUCGUGCCAUGAGGACCUCGGGCUGCUGGCCUCUGGAGACAGCGUGCCUGGAGCAGCCCACAAGGACUCUGACGUGGAGCCUGCUGGUGGCCACACAGAGGAGCUUCCUGAACUAUCAUCAGGCUCGCCUACCUGUUGGCCUGAAUGUGCGCAACAGUUAGAGCGCAAGAGGGCUAGUCAGGUGUCUCCAUCAGAACCAGGCCCUGAGGCUGAUGAGAAACCAUCUGGGCAGGCUGCGUGGUCAAACCAGUCUCCAAACAAGCCGUUGCACAGCAUUAUUGAACACCUGUCAGUGAUAUUCCCCAGUUAUGCCAGCACUGAGCUUGCUGGUUUUAUUAAAAAAGUUCGAAACAGAAACAAGAACUCCCUCUCGGGAUUAAGUACUGAGGAGAUUGUUGAGAGAGUGACAGAACACAUUCUAGAUGAACAGAAAAAGAAAAAGCCAAAUCCAGGGAAAGACAAGAAGCCAUCCGAGGCUCACUCUGCUGCUGCUGUGGCCAGGUCCUCCCAGAGCCCACCCUUGGCAGCUGCUGGACUAUCGUCCAAAACCAAAGGCCAGAAGAAAGACGACAGCCCUGCGCCAGAGGCAAAUUCUUGUGAGAUCUGCCAUGAGAUGUUCAGGUCAAAAAACAUGCGUGUGCUCAAGUGCGGGCACAAGUUUCACAAAGGGUGCUUUAAGCAGUGGCUUAAGGGGCAGAGCACAUGCCCAACCUGUGGCAGUGGGGACCUGCUAUCAGAAGAGUAAGCCGCUGAAGAGCCGGUGCCUCGCACAUGGGAGCCGCCUUCCUGUUGCUGCAGGUCGUCUCUGCGCUAACGCACACACAACACACACUUGCUUGAGUGUCCUGUUGUCCAUGUCAAAGCAGCACUCGCAAGAGCUCUUACUUCGUGCAUCACAAGGCCAACAGAGUCAGUCUCUGCAGCUGUGUGCUGAGCGUCUCAGAGCCGUGCUCAAGUUGUGAAGAUGCUUACCCCUCCAGUUCUCUCCUGGAACUGUAGAAUCCUCUUCAUGUGAUCCAGUUGUUCCACCUUUUGGAAAUCAUUUGUAACACUUUGUUUGAAGACAAGGCUUCUCUGUGUAGCCUUGGCUGUUCUGGACUUUGUAGACCAGCCUGGCCUUGAACUCCAGAGGUCUGCCUGCCUCUGCCUCCCAAGUGCUGGUGUUAAAGGUGUGCGCUGCCACCAGCUUUAUGAAAUAUUUUUUAAUUCCUAUCAGCUAAGAAUUUUUCUUACCUUGGAAAGAGGCUGACUGUUCACAACAGGCCCGCUUGACACACUUAAGAUUCCUGUGCUGGUCUCUUGAGUCAGUCAGCCAGUGCUUGCAGAUGUCCAGCCAGCUAGUGCUGAGCACAGGAGCACUGUGUAGAACCUGUCAGCAUCAUUCUCCUUCCUGUAUACUACCACCAAAAGAGAAGUAUGCCAGACAGUCCUGAAGUGUUGCUGUUAAAAUUGUUCUGUGUUUGACUUUUGUGUAAAGUGAUGCAUGCGAUCCUGUAUUCUGGCUGAAAACAAACUAGCUGCAUUAGAAACUGUUCAGAAGCCGUGUUUCUUAGUGACAUGUAGGCAGUGGCAGCUGCAGAAACAUCAGCCCUGGAUACAUUCUCUCAAACAGGAAGAACAAAAAAGGUUUCCAGCGGCAUGUUCUCUGUCGCCUGUACCUGUGUACCUGUGUCCGUGUGAGUUGUAGUGUCUUAGUGACUUUGUGUAUAGCUCGCUCCUUACUCUAAGACAUUCUCCACGGUGAUCCCUGAAUCCUGGUCGACAUGUCCCCACAGUUGAAAGCAGGGCAUCCUAGUGUGCACAGGGCCAGUUUGUGGUAUCGGCUACAGAGAAGAGUAGCUGUGGAGAGAAUGAACGUCUGUGUCUGUGCUUCACUUCAGAGCCUGUGAACAUGCCUUAUACUUGUCCGGUUCCUGUCAAUAAAGAACAUUCUGGAAGUUUAGCAGUU